AUGUUAGGUUUAAAUAUUAAUGGACAUAUUUUAUUUCUAACCCGGUUUAUACGUUUAUUCAGCUAUGGAUUUUUAUCCGUUGGUUUAUUAUUAUAUUUAACUGAAGUUGGAUAUUCACAGUCACAAAUUGGAGUUUUGUUUACUGGAAUAUUAAUUGGAGACCUUGUUAUCACUCUCUUUCUAACAACAAGAGCUGAUAGAUUCGGUCGUAGAAAUAUUUUAAUCGUUGGAGCACUAUUGAAAAUUGGUGCGGGACUCACUUUUGCAUUUGUUGAUAGCUUUGCAGCGCUAUUACUAGCAGGUACUAUUGGUAUUAUUAGUCCUACAGGUGGUGAAAUAGGACCAUUUUUAGCUAUUGAACAGGCUUGUUUAACUGAAUCUAUGAAUGAUCCUGAGCAGAUAACAAAAAUCUUCGGUUACUACAAUUUUGCUGGAUAUUUUGCUCAAGCAUUCGGCGCAUUAUCAUCAGGUUACAUGAUUACAAUGAUGAUGAAUAUUCAUGGAUACCUAGCAUUAACAGCAUAUCGAGCUGUUCUGAUUGGUCAUGCUGUAUUUGGUGGCCUAAAACUGGUUUUAUAUUCAUUUUUAUCUCAUUCAAUAGAACCAGCGGUACAAGCUCGGGACCUCCUUUCAGCUCAAAAAAAUUGGUGGUUCACUAAGUUUGGCUUACACAGAAAAACAUCUGUCACAAUUGUUACAAAAUUAUCAGCAUUAUUUACAUUGGAUGCUUUUGCGGGAGGAUUUGUAAUGCAAACAAUUAUUGUUUAUUGGUUUCAUGAAACAUAUCAUAUUGAUACUGAUCUUCUAGGAUUAAUGAUGAUGGGAGUCAAUGUACUCGCUGGUAUCUCUGCACUAGCAGCUACACCAUUAGUUCAUAAGAUUGGUGCUGUUAACACUAUGGUGGUUACUCACUUUCCCAGUAAUCUAUUUUUAAUUCUCGUUCCAUUAAUGCCUAAUCAGCGCUUAGCAGUCAUAAUGUUAUUAAUUCGUUUUUGUAUUUCGCAAAUGGAUGUUCCAGCUCGUCAAACUUAUAUUGCGACUGUCGUCGAUGCUGAUGAACGUUCAGCUGCUGGUGGUAUAACUAAUAUUGUUCGGAGUGUUGGAUUAAGUUUAAGUCCUCUCAUUGCUGGUUAUCUAUUGAAGGAUCCUUCUAACACAUUACUCUUCUCUCUGCCAUUUAUUAUUUCUGGCACAUUAAAAUGUUUAUACGACAUAUUAUUAUAUUUAUCAUUUCGAUUUUCUGCUCCGGUCUCAGUUAGUAUAACUGAGAAGAAAUAA